GCUCUGCCAUCGUAUUAUCAAUGCAACUACUUUCACCAACAUCAUCCUCCUCUUCAUCUUACUGUCAUCUGUUUCUUUGGCUGCUGAGGAUCCCAUCGACCCCAUGUCCUUCAGGAACCAGGUGUUGGCCUAUGCUGAUAUAGUCUUCACUUCAGUGUUCACAGCGGAAAUUGUGCUCAAGAUGACAACAUACGGUGCCAUUCUUCACAAAGGGUCUUUCUGCCGGAACUCUUUCAACAUAUUGGAUCUUCUGGUGGUCAGUGUAUCUCUCCUGUCGAUGGGCAUGGAAUCCAGUGCCAUCUCAGUGGUGAAGAUUUUAAGGGUGUUAAGGGUGCUCCGGCCCCUGAGGGCCAUCAACAGAGCCAAGGGACUCAAGCAUGUGGUCCAGUGUGUAUUUGUUGCUGUCAAGACCAUUGGAAAUAUUGUGCUGGUCACCAUGCUACUGGACUUCAUGUUUGCCUGCAUUGGAGUCCAACUUUUCAAAGGCAAAUUCUAUGCCUGCACAGAUCCUGAUAAAGUGACUGAGGACACAUGCAAAGGCUGGUAUAUAAAGUACCAGGAAGGAGCACUUCAUGAGGUGGAGGUCCAGAGGAGGGAAUGGACCAACUCAGAACUAAAUUUUGACAACAUCCUUAAUGGCAUGCUGGCUCUCUUCACCAUUUCUACGUUUGAAGGCUGGCCAAAGAUACUUUAUAAAGCCAUUGAUUCAAACUUAGAGGAUAAAGGGCCAGUGUACAACAACCGAGUGGCCAUCUCAAUCUUCUUUAUCAUCUACCUCAUCCUUAUUGCCUUCUUCAUGAUGAACAUUUUUGUGGGCUUCGUCAUCGUCACCUUCCAGGAGCAAGGAGAGCAAGAAUAUAAAAACUGUGAGCUGGACAAAAACCAGCGCCAGUGUGUGCAGUAUGCUCUUAAGGCCCGACCUCUGCGAUGUUAUAUUCCAAAGAACCCCUACCAGUAUCAGGUGUGGUACAUCGUCACCUCCUGCUACUUUGAGUACCUUAUGUUCCUUCUUAUUAUGCUCAACACCAUGUGUCUGGGAAUGCAGCACUGUAACCAGUCAGACCAUGUUACUCACCUGUCGGAUAUGCUGAACGUGAUAUUCACUGUGCUCUUCACUGUGGAGAUGAUCCUCAAACUCAUGGCUUUCAAAGCCAAG